AUGAAAUCUUCCCCACCGUCGGAGAGAGGAGACAGCAGCGGCAGCAGCAUAGAAGCUCAACUACCGCCUCUCCAGAAUCGCGCAAAAGAAGGCAGGUCGCCGUUUGUCAAGGGCUAUGGUGAUAGUCUUGUGGCAUGGCAGCUGCUGGACGAUGAGUCUGUUGAAAGAGCGAGGAGAGAGAACAAGCUAAUCUUUUUGCACAUUGGAUACAGAGCGUGCCACUUCUCUCGCCUUAUGGCGCUCGAAUCCUUUAUGAACUCCGAUUGCGCUGCCGUCUUAAACCACUCAUUUAUCCCCAUCAUCAUCGACCGCGAAGUGCGCCCCGAUAUUGACACCAUCUACAUGAACUACGUCCAAGCCGUGAGCAACUCUGGAGGCUGGCCGCUCAACCUCUUCCUUACGCCCGAACUGGAGCCUGUUUUCGGUGGAACGUACUGGCCUGGCCCAAGUGUAGCAAGGAGAGCUGCAGAAGACCACGGUGACGAGCCCUUGGAUUUUCUGGUCAUCUUGAAAAAAGUGCGCAACAUCUGGAAGGAUCAGCAGGCAAGAUGCCGCAAAGAGGCAACCGAGGUCAUUGGCCAACUGCGUGAAUUUGCGGCCGAAGGCACUCUGGGGAAACGAAGCAUCGCGGCUCCACAGCAGCAGCAGAUAGCUCCGGCUGGCUGGGCUGCGCCAGUGUCCAACCAGCCUGUGGCCAAGGUGAGCGACAGUGCGGACGUUUCCAGCGAGCUGGACCUUGACCAGCUUGAAGAAGCUUAUACGCACAUUGCUGGAACCUUUGAUCCUGUGUAUGGAGGAUUUGGCCUGGCGCCCAAAUUCUUGACGCCACCCAAGUUGGCCUUUCUUUUGAAUCUGGUCAACUUCCCUACCCCUGUUCAGGAUGUUGUGGGUGAAGCUGAGUGCAAGCAUGCACUGGAUAUGGCUCUGGAUACCUUGCGCAAGAUUCGAGAUGGGGCGCUGCAUGACCACAUCGGAGCCACUGGAUUUGCGCGAUGUUCGGUUACACCUGAUUGGAGCAUACCCAACUUUGAGAAGUUGGUCGUUGAUAACGCUGAGCUUCUGCAGCUGUACCUAGAGGCAUGGAGAAAGAGCGGCGGAAAGGAGGACAGCGAAUUUUACGAUGUCGUUGUCGAGCUCGCCGAGUAUCUAACCUCCCCGCCCAUUGCCCUUCCAAACGGUGGCUUUGCCUCAUCCGAAGCUGCAGAUUCGUAUGCCAAGAGAGGAGACGCCGAAAAGAGAGAGGGAGCUUAUUAUCUAUGGACACGGCGUGAGUUCGCUUCUGUCGUCAACGCUGAUGAUAAACACAUCAGCGCCAUAGCUGAAGCAUAUUGGGACGUUCAAGAGGAUGGAAACGUGGACGAAGAUCACGACCCGAACGACGACUUCAUCAACCAAAACAUUUUGAGGAUUAGAAAAACUCCGGAAGAGCUGAGCAAGCAGUUCAAUGUGCCUGUUGCUACAGUGAAGCGAAAUAUAGAAACUGCUCGGGAGGCGCUCAAGAAGAGGAGAGAAAAGGAACGGCCGCAUCCAGACGUUGAUGAUAAAAUUGUCACCGGAUGGAAUGGUCUGGUGGUAUCGGCUUUGAUACGAACGGCGGCUUUCUUAAAGGAGUUGCAGCCAGAGAAGAGCCUAAAGUAUCUCAGCGCGGCCAAAAAGAGUAUAUCAUUUAUCAAGGAAAAUCUUUGGGAUGAGAAGAACAAGACCUUGUAUCGGAUAUGGAGCGAUGGAAGACACACUGAAGGCUUUGCGGAUGACUAUGCGUAUUUGAUUCAUGGUCUUUUGGAUCUUUUUGACGCUACCGGCGAGGAAAGCUACGUCGAAUUUGCCGACAACCUGCAGAAAUCACAAAACGCCUUAUUUUACGACUCUGCCGGCGCCUUCUACUCAACCACCCUAUCCUCCCCUCACACUAUCCUUCGUCUCAAAGACGGCAUGGACACUUCCCUUCCUUCAACCAACGGCGUUUCCGUCUCAAAUCUGUUCCGCCUUGGCGAGCUUCUGGCGGACGAAAAAUUCACCGGCCUCGCCCGAGAGACGAUCAAUGCCUUUGAAGCAGAGAUGUUGCAGCACCCGUGGCUGUUCCCAGGAUUGCUGGGAGGUGUUGUCGUGGCGAGAUUGGGAUUGGGGCUGGAGGGCAGGACUCUGAAUGUGCGAUACAAGUCAACGAGACGGAAAGCGUAA